UGUGUUUAGUUGAAAAUUAACACCUACAUCAUUAACUCUAUGUACUGUAAUUGCGUAUAUUCGUAAUUAUUUAUGAAUUAAUAAAUGAUUAUAAUAAAUAAUUACAAUGGCUACAAAAACUUUAGACUCCCAAGAUCACUAUAAGUUGUACAAGUUUACCAAAAUACUUGCACUAAAGGUUGUUCAGAUUGUUGUACAAAGCAGACAGGGCAAAAAGAUCUCUCAUGACUAUGCGACUCCAAAAGGUUUUGAAGAUGGUCCACCAUCAUCACCUAGUAGUUUACAAUGGUUUAAUUUAUCAAUACCAGAUGAACCGGGAAUUAAUACGGAUACAAAACGUGUUUUAAACGGAGAAGUGAUAGAGGCACUUGCUAAAGUUCUAUGUAUUGAAAUAAUACUUAGAACCAAUGAUGGUGAUGAAAUGGUGCUUGAAGUAUGGACUGUUAAAUUACUACCAGGAUGUGAUAUUGGCUUAACAUCUGUAUCUACAAUAUACUACAGAAUGAGUAUAAUGCUAAAAUCAACUCUUAGUAUUUCAAGAAUAACACCCGCAUAUAAAUUGUCACGGUCUCAAUUCAAAGAAUCAUAUAAAAUUUCACAUAGAAUUUAUGGCGGUCAGCCUAAUUUGGAUGUGUUAGGUGAUACAAAUAAGACUAUCAAAGUUAGUGAAUUGCACACCCCAAUUGGAACAAUACUUAUUGAAGUUGUAUAUAGAACAAAAAUGACUAUGUUACCAGAGGACAGAGGCAGAUAUAUUGAACACACUACUGUAAACUCUUGUGGUGAUAUUUUGAUGAAAAGUGACCACUUUCCAACUGAAAACCAAAGGAGAAAUCAUAUGGAAAAGAAGGAACUCGACUUAACCAAACCAUUGACGGCUGGUGCUUUUGUUGAUGUACAAAAAAUUAGAGAGUUACAUGAAUCAUUAUACCAGCAGUUACCUCCUGAACCACCAAUGAAUUGGCUUCUUGCAGAAAAGGAUAAAAUGGAGGAGAAAAUGAAAUUGUUGGUUAUACCAGAGGCGGCAGAAGAAAACAAAACUGUAGAUAAUACUGAAAUAGAAGAAAUUCAAGCACAUUCAAGUAAAGCUAUUGAAGUGCCAAAGACCAAGGAGAGCAGUAAAUAUACUAGUUUAAUGGACUUUCCAUUUGCUGAAGGUAGUCCUAUAGCGGAACUGGCUAAUUUCUAUCAAGAAUGUCUGCAAGCAAGGUCAGCGACUGAAGACUGGUCAGAGAUAUUAGCUGAUACCUCUGCUUCUUCAGAUUCGGAAUCUCUUGCCAAGCAAUUGAAAAUGUUCGAAGAUGCGGUGCCAGAGUUUGACAGUAUGGUAGCAUCAAUGUUUAGCAACUCUGAACAAGGGUCUGAUCAUUCUUAAAUAAAGUAAGUAAUCUUACCCAUAGGGUAUUUAUAUUAAAAGGCCUUUAAAUGGCCUAAAAUGAUAUCAACACUCAUGGAGAUUUUUAAAAGUGAAAGUACUUGUGCGAUAUAAGUGUUUUUUUUUUGUGAAAAAUCUUUAUUCCCGCUGGUUAGAAAAUAGUGAUAAAUGAAAAUUUA